UGAUGAUGAUACUCCCAAUGAUGGCGAUAGAUAUCUCAGUGAAAUAAAACGAAUACUCCGGUGGUGCGUCGCCGAUAUGGAGGAAAGGAAUGGGGGGAAGCGAAUCAGAUCAGGAGACUCUGACGAGUUAGUCGAGGACGAGAGAUCUGAAAACGUUCAUAAGGAGAGGAAGAAAGAGAAAGACAUCGUUGUGAGCGAAGUCCCCCCAAUCGGGAGAGGAAGAGGAAGGGGACGAGGAAGAGGAAGAGGAAGAGGAAGAGGAAGAGGAAGGGGAAGGGGAAGAAGAAAAUUAGAUGACGGAGAGGCUUCAAAUCGAUCUACUCCGGAUAAGACACAGGAGGAUGUUGUUAAGUCUGAUGGAACGAGAAAGCAUGUGGGUUUGACGUGUCAUCAUUGUAAGAACUUGACGAGUGAGACUGAUCUUAUCUUCUGUUCAAAUUGUAACAAGAAGUAUUGCUAUGACUGCAUCAAGAGAUGGUAUUCUGAAAGAACUGAUGAGGAUGUUAGAGCUGCUUGUCCAUUCUGUAUGAAGAAUUGCAAUUGCAGAGCUUGUUUGCGCUUGCCUUUGCUUGUCAAGUCUCGAAGUGAAAAAGAUACAAGUGUCAAGUUCAGACAGUUGCAGUACCUAUUAUUUAAAGUUCUCCCAGUUCUGAAGGAUGUUUAUGCGGAGCAGAACCGUGAACUAGAGAUUGAGACAACCAUUAGAGGAACCCCUGUUACGGAAUCUAAUACUACUAGGUGCAAACUUGACCUAAGUGAACGCAUUUACUGUGAUCUCUGCCGCACAUCCAUUGCCAAUUUUCACAGAAGCUGCCCGAACCCGAAAUGUUCAUGUGAUAUAUGUCUUUCUUGCUGCAAGGAACUAAGAGAGGGAUUCUAUAAUCAAGAGAGGAAAAAUACAGAAUAUGAAUUUGGAAUCCCUCUGGAUUUCUCUAACUGGAAGCUUAAUUCAGACGGAAGCAUUCCAUGCCCUCCCGAAGAGUGUGGUGGUUGUGGUACUUCAACACUUGAGUUGAAACGCUUAUGCAAAAAUGAUUGGGUUAAAAAAAUGAUAACAGAUGCAGAGGAAAUUACUCUGCAGUUUAGGCCACCAGAUGUGAAUAUUUCUCAUGAAUGCUCCUCAUGCACUAUUAAUGCUGAUUCUGUUAGAAGGCAGGCAGCGUCUAGGAAGAAUGCUCAUGAUAACUUCUUAUACUCACCUAAUGCUGUUGAUCUGGCUGAAGAGGAUAUUGCUCAUUUUCAGUCGCACUGGAUGAGAGCAGAACCUGUGAUAGUCAGAAAUGUUCUCGAGAAGACAUCUGGACUAAGUUGGGAACCAAUGGUUAUGUGGAGGGCUUGUAGGGAAAUAGAUCCAAAGGUUGAAUGUAAAGAAGAGGCAAAAAGCGUGAGAGCUUUGGAUUGCUUGGACUGGUGUGAGGUUGAAAUAAAUAUACACCAGUUUUUCGAUGGCUACUUAAAAGGCCGCAUGCAUAAGAAUGGUUGGCCAGAAAUGUUGAAAUUAAAGGAUUGGCCUCCAUCAACUUUAUUUGAAAAGCGCCUUCCAAGGCACAAUGCUGAGUUUAUUGCUGCAUUGCCCUUCUUUGAUUACACUGACCCAAAGUCUGGUAUACUAAAUCUCGCAACAAGACUUCCAGAUAAAUCCUUGAAGCCAGAUCUUGGACCUAAGACAUACAUUGCUUAUGGUUUCCCUGAUGAGCUUGGUAGAGGAGAUUCUGUGACAAAGCUACAUUGUGAUAUUUCUGACGCGGUCAACGUGCUGACACACACAGCUAAAGUGGAAAUACGUCCUCAUAUAAACCGAAACAUCAAAGUACAGCAGGAAAAAUAUGCAAAACCCAAGUUACAUAAACAAAACGGUGGUCAAGGGGAAGAAGCUAACGAACUUGAAAACCAGUCACUGAAAGAAGUGGAUGAAGCUAAACAAGGUUUUAAGGACAAGGCAGCUAAAGAUGAACAAUCAAGCAGCAGUUCAAGACCGUCGGGCUCACAAGAAGUUGAUGAAAUACAUUUUUCAAAUGGUGACUGUACUACCAACGAAAGAGCUGAUCUGAUGGAAGAGUCUUUUGGUCUCUAUUCUUGCACUACUGCGAUGGAGUCAGGUCAUGAUCUGAACUUGCAUGCGGAUUUAAUUCCCCAGGAUAAUGUAACGCUGACAAACGAACCUAUUGCUGACGAGAAUCAAAAUGACAUCUGUUUGGAGACUGAGAGUACAAGUGCGAAGUCCACACAAGAGCAGAAACUGGAUGCGUCAAAAGAAACUGAUGGCAAUACCACUGAGCGGUCAGAGGCUGUGCAUGGUGGUGCUGUAUGGGAUAUUUUUCGAAGGGAGGAUGUUCCAAAACUUAUCCAGUUUUUGAAAAGGCACAAGCAUGAGUUUUGUCACAUCAAUAACGAACCAGUGAACUCUGUUAUUCACGCAAUUCAUGACCAGACUUUGUUCCUGAGUGAAAGCCAGAAGAAACAGCUAAAGGAAGAAUUUGACAUAGAGCCAUGGACCUUUGAGCAACACCUCGGCGAAGCUGUUUUCAUACCUGCAGGUUGUCCUCACCAAGUGAGAAAUAGACAGUCCUGUAUAAAGGUGGCAUUAGACUUUGUGGCUCCUGAAAGCGUUGAAGAAUGCCUUAGGCUAACACAUGAGUUCCGGAGAUUACCAAAAGACCACAGAUCUAGCGAGGAUAAACUUGAGCUUAAGAAAAUAGCGCUUUAUGCUGCCAGCUCAGCCAUAAGAGAUGCAAAGGAGCUAAUGUAAAACUCCUCGACGCAGUACUGAUGCCUAACAGAAGACAAGGACAAACUCCCACGUAACAUUAUUGGAUCCGUAAAACAUUCCUUCAUAUUUGAAGUGUUGUAACAUUAAGUGUAAUACUCUUCCUCUACUUUAAAAUUGGAGUCGGAGAGAAUGUAAGUUAAGUUUAUAAACACCAAUUGAGUGGGGCUUUUGUUACCACAUAUGGUCCAUGCAUAAGCUAUGUUACCACGUAUGGUCCAUGCAUAAGCUAUAUAUAAUUAGCAUGCUGCUUUACAUACUCUUGUUCAGACAAGAUCUGGCUUUUGACAACGAUUAGCAAGAGACCUGUAAGUAAUGUGCCCUAUUGGUAAGAUUCAUGUUGUUGUAAUCAAUCAGAGAAUAAUUAUGUCAGUUAAAGACUCGCUCUGUUUUUUCUA